AUGAGCGUAACCAUAAGUCCCUUACACAACAGUACCACACCUGCUGGGUCUCUGACCACUAUAUGGACACCACCAUGCCCUGGUGGCCCUAUGACAACCUGGGACUCCAACGCAAAUAGGUCCUUAGAGGGCUGCAUGCCGACCAACUACAAGGAUUUAUACUACGAUGGCAACGUCGGUUACUACUCACCUGGCAUCUGCCCGAGCGGCUAUACAUCGGCGUGCAGCCGGUACAACACGCAACAAGGGCCGCCGUUGGAGCCAGAGGAGACGGCUGUCAUGUGUGCUCCUUCUGGCUAUACCUGCAACCCAAAUCAGGGCGUUUCCAACGCAUGGCACUCCCAGACGGCGGACAACUCUGCUCCCAUGAUCCAAGUCCGAUGGCAAGCCUCUGACAUCUCAACCCUGGAGACGCACCCGCUCACGCCGGGCCUGAGGCCUGCCUCGCAGACAAAAACGAGCCAGGGAACGACGACAUCCACGGCGACGGCCGGGGGAGGCCAAGCACCCGACACAGGCAGCGACUCUGUUCGCGCCAUGCAAGGCAGCACAAUAGCCGGGAUUGUCAUCGGGUCCGUCCUGGGAGUGUUGGUCCUUGGCAUGGCCAUCCUGGUAUUCCUGAGGCAUGGUUGUCGGGCCUGCUUCUGCCCGGGAGAGAAGCCAACAUCUGGCCCAGAGGCAUCCCUUCGUCCAGCAGCGUCUGCACAUGAGAUAGGAAGCCAAGCGCCGCAAUCGUAUGAUGGCGGCAGCGACGCAGAGGACGGGACGCCACAUACGAUUUAUUACAGCCCGUCGCAUGUAGGCCACAAGCCACCCACCGUGGGCACGGAAGCGCAGGCAGUGGCUUCCCCGGAGCGCCAUGACGAUAUGGUGACUGUGUACGACGCGCAACCCAUCCAGCUCUUCAGCAGCCCAGCUGAGAUGCCGACAGAGAGUUUGCAGCAUCAGCGGCCUCCAGAUCCUGCCGCCAGAGCUUCAGCAACACCGCCCGUGGAUGUUCCACCGGGGAUGAUGGGUGGUCGAGAGGGUCAGCGCACUUCUAUUCUACGAUGGGGAGCUCAGUGGCGGCAGUAA